CGUUUAUCGUUUUGAUAAACUGUUUACUUUUUGGUUUCUGAGAUUUAUGAACAUCAUUAAUCUCAGAAUUUCCAAAAUAUAAUCAUUAGACUUGCAUUUAGCAUAAUUAAUUUUAACAUCGUUUUAGUUCUUACUGUGAUAGAAACAAACUGCACUGCAUUAGACAACUUUUCCUUUCUGUAAAUAGGUGAACAUUUCACCUGCCUGUGCCCUUUUCUAGAGCCUAGCUCCUCCUAUCGUUUUCGGUGUUCAGUAGAAAAAGUUAAAAGGAUAGUUUGGCGUGUCUCACAGGAUGGAUCAGCAAAGGUUCCGGACAGGGGAGCGCAUUAACAAUAUCUCGACCAAUACGUUUCAAAUUUGGGAAACCACAGUCCGUCUGGCACGCAUUCGUACUCUGAUGGAUCAUCUUUGUGCCGCAAAUGAUGAAAACGAUGAGCUGAUCUAUUGCUUAAGGGAACCAAACGAACCAAUUGACGACACUCCAGAAGACACUAGUAAUGAAACCGAUCCUGACGAAGAAGACGGUUCUAUAAACUCAAUCAUCAAGGACAUCCGAUCCCGACCACGAACGCGUGGGGCCGUUAAAAUGAUAUUCUACAACCGGCUGGCGAUGAUAUCCGACAAACUAACACAGGACAUAAAGUUCCGAUCGGAGAACGCAGAAUUUUUCGAUGACCUCGAGUUGGUGUUGAGCCGCAUGAGUGACGAGGCAGCCGAAAUCACUAAACGUGAAAUUAUGAAAUAUUUAGCCGAAGCAAAGGAAAGACUGGCGAAAAAUGACAGGGAACGGCAGCAGUUGAUUCAGCAGCAGCAGCAGAAUUACGGCUCAUCGCCGUCCUCGUCGGGAUCUAGUUUAGCAGGUUCGAGUAGUUCUACUUUUUAAAGUUAAGGCAAUGCUUAUUAGAACAGAUGGACUGUAGUAAACCGCAAAAAUUACUCCAGCAAAGUUACUCUGCUUGUAAUUGUAGCAGGGUAGUUUAAUCUAUGAGACAAACGGAGCUCAGUUUAGCACACGGCAUAUUAAAAGAACAAAAACAAUAUCUGUACUCUAAAUGUAAUUCGUUUAUUUUUCUUUCGUCGACUGUCAGUUUCUUAUUUGAAUAUUUUUCCUCAUAUACUUGUUUAUUUAUAAUUGUUUGAAGAAUUAUUCCAAUACAACCAAUUUAUGAAAAAUA